AAUCCCCACUGCUUCAUGCAAGUUCCAUCAUGACAACGGUUGCAGAAUCGAGCAUCACCCCGACCCAUUUGGACAGUACAAGUGCUGCCAUUGACGCCGACGCCCGAGCUUCCUAUGGCUCAGCAUCACACGCCGGCUCUCCUCUCGCCUUCGCCACCUUGCGCCCUACCUCGGACAUGUCUUACGCUUCGUCUGUACCUUCGCCGCUAUCAUAUUCUCAACAGGAGCAUGAGCCAGAACGAGACCCAGAUCGGUCGGAGCGGACGUCGCCACAUUCGUCGUAUAUCAUGACUGGUUCAGAACCGCCUCGGCGGUCAUCCUGGGUCGGAGAAGGAGAGGAGGAUCGAGGAGAGCAGACCGCUUCAGAAUCUGCUCCCGCGGUACAUAUACUGGGAAUUAACUAUAGCCCGAACGGAGACGGGAAUUGGAACGGGGCUAUUCAGGAGGAAGACGAGGAGAGCGCGGAGGGAGGAGCGGGUCAAGAUUCCUUUGCAGCAAAAUCAUCCCGCUCGCCCGUGACGCCAAAGCAGACAGAUUUCCAUCCGUUAAGGUUGGACGGGCAGCCUUCGCCUCCGCCGUGGGAGGUCAUUCCGCCUCCGACGAGUACAGCUGAGGAGUACCAUACGAAGGCUAAGGAUUCGACAUCUUCGAAACCCCGUCGAUUGAUCCCAGUCUCUUCGUACUAUUAUGGUCCACCGCCAAUAGAUGCAGCAUUUGGUACAGAUCCAAUAGGCCAGAUUGGGCGACACCAUCCGAGGGAGAUCGUGCGAGUAGAGAGAGACUAUACCGGAGGUGAACUUGUGCAAUUCGCACCUGUGUAUCCUCUGGAACUGGAAGGUCGAAUUACGCCUACGCAGUUCUUGGAGACGAUUAAUACCAUCAAUGAAGUCCUCAUAUCGGCCUAUAGUCUCCGUCACUCCUUCUUCGACACUGCACUUGAUAUAUUCUCGCUACGCAUAUCCAGACUCUUACUGUCCACGCAUUACGAGAAGGAGAUGCAACGCCUGCAUGAAAUGAUCGACAACCUGAACAAGGAACUGUACAACCCCGCAGGGUUGAACAUACUCUGGCCCCGGAAUGUUGCUUUCCUCUUCCUCGAGAUAGAAUACUACUGAUGCGAUACCUGUUGUCGUCGCCAGUCCGGUUGCUCCAAUGAAGACCACUGCGGUCGUGGACUGUCUGUCAGAACCUGGACCUCCCGUCCUGCACUAUUCGCCUUGCAGGCAUGUACGCCAAGCUGUGGCGUCGACUGUGGUUGGAGUCUCAUAUCAUAUUCGUACUCAUAAUACACCACUGCCUCUUUCUUUUCAGCACCUUCGCUCCCAUUUCUAUUCAUAUCCCCCCCGCACUCAUUCCUCAACCAUUCCGAUGCAUAUCCCCUCUUGCUCUCUGCAUUAUUCUCGUUCGUUCAUCUGACCAUUCAUCUGUCUCGCUCCCUUGUCCGUCUAGUUCUAUUCUAUUCUCAUGUUUGUUUUUGAUCGCUCACGCCACAUCCGUACUAUCUAUAUUCAUACAGACUCUCGUGGAAAGACUGUUAGCUUUCGGUUUUGGUUCACAUUGACAGCAAACGUCGAUGACGAUAGCGGACGUCAUCUUUGCGAUACCCAUUUCAUCAAUU